AUGGUGAUGAUGGUUGCCAUCAUCGAAGUCGACGAUAUGUUUGAUGAACUACUGGUUGAAAACAAUAGACUAAUUAAUGAAUUGUUUAUUGCAAACAAAUCUUUGAAUUUAUUGAAUGAAUUGAUAGAUCACUUGAAUUUUGUUCACAAGAAAUAUGAAGACACUAUCGUAACAAAAGAUUACAAACAAUGGCAAAGAUUACAGCAAUCAGUUGAUAAACUAAUGGUCAGGGAUUUCAAAAAAAAUAUGACACAAAACUACUUGAAGACUACUGUCGAAAAUGUCGUGAAAACUAACUUAAAUGAAGACAUUAGACAAGCAUUUAAAAACAUCAUCGAUGGUAAUAAUAAUAAUAAUAAUAAUAAUAAGAGUCAAACAACUACUUCUCUAACUACUUGUCCGACAACCAGUACUACUAUCACAGCAGUUCCCAAUCUGAAGACGACGUCGACGAUACAGAUAGUAUCUAAUGUCAAAAUUAUUGACACAAAGACCACUGCCGCCGCCACCGCUAAAGAAGUCUCAAUAGAUUUAUCACAAAGUGAUGACAUAUCUGAUGAUAGCGAUUGUUGUGCUAACGAUGCUAAAGAUGAUGAUAAUAGUGGACACAGUUUUGCGACCGAAUCGGAGGAUCACAACACAAAACAUUGUGAAAGCGAAACAACAACAACAAAAUCAAAUGAUAAUACAAGAAUUACUGAUGAAUCUGAUGUCAAUUGGUUAGCAUUGCUAAAGAACGACACAAUGGACAGCGCUAGUGGCCAGUUUAUGUGCCCGAAACAACCCGAUUGUCAGUCAAUGUUUGCCACUAGAAAGGCCGUCUACCAACACUGUUACUAUUAUCACCGAUUGAGCGGACCGUUCAAAUGUGAUUACGAAAACUGUGAUAAAUCGUUUGCGCUAAUUGGCCACAUAUGUCGCCAUUUUCGUCAGCACGCGUUUCGUGCGACAGCUAAAUACGAUUGUCCGUACAGUGGCUGUACUAAAUGGUACAGAUGGCGGAAACGCUUGACUGAACACAUAAGAUUACAGCACAGGACGGAUCAGCCACCGCUUGUCUGCGAACAUCCCGAUUGCGGUAAACGAUUUAUAACUAAAUGGCAGCUCAAAUGUCAUUCCGUAGUUCACUCGGCCAACCGUAAGACCUAUCCGUGCGGACAGUGCGACAAAGUGUUGUAUUCGGAGCGUACACUCGAUGAACAUAAACGAAUACUGCAUUCGUUGGCCAAGACAUUCAAAUGCGAUAUUCAUGGCUGCGAUGAAUGGUUUCGCAAUGUGUUUCACCGGCGCCAACACAAGAUGGCCGUUCAUCAGAUAAAGUAUACACCGAAAAAACGAUACGUUCACGACUUUCCCUGCCAUUGGCCCGGCUGUGACUAUAGGGGCCGUUCAAAAGUAUUGCUCGACUAUCACACUACUGGCCAUACCGGUGAGCGACGGUUUGUCUGCGAAUGGCACGACUGUGGCAAACGAUUUCGAUCGAAACGAGAGUAUAGUAUACAUUAUAACUAUCAUCUGAAUGUUAAGCCCUAUGGAUGCCAAUGGCCGGGUUGUGAAUACCGGGCCACUUGUUAUGGAAAUAUUGUUAAUCAUACAAAAUGUGUACAUAAAAAAUAUGUGUCACGAUUGUAA